AUGGACUACUCUGAUAGAGUAAACUCCAAAAAAGGUGCUGGAGCUGUGGCUGAUCGCCAUGAGACAAAUGCCCAGACCAAACUACGAAUCAAAGAGCUCCUCACUACCCAAGUUCUAGAUUUGGAGAAAGAUCCUUAUGUGUUUCGCAACCAUUUGGGUUUGCUUGAAUGUCGUCUUUGUCUCACAACCCACAGUAAUGAAGCGUCGUACAUCUCACAUUUAGGUGGUAAAAAGCAUGGAAUGAAUCUUGAGAGACGUAGAAUUCUUUCAGAAAGGUCGGGUGCAAACGCAAAUGCAAAUGCCGGCGCAUCCGUGAGUAAUGUUGAGAAAAGGACUUGGAGAAAGAUCGGUAUGCCAAUUUAUAAGAUCACCAAAAUCAGACAACCGGAGACUCUUCGAACAGGUAUUCUUGUGCAAGUGCAAUACUCAAAGAUUGCUGUCGAAGAGCCCUUUUUCUGUUUCAUGUCUUACUACGAACUUACACAGAAGAAUCGACAAGAAUGUGUCGCAUUCUUGCAAAAAGAAAAGAAGGAAUACGAAGAAAAAGAAGAGAUAGAUCCAUCCAAAUGGCAGUUUUUGGUCAUUUCCGCUGAACCUUACGACAAUAUCGCCGUAGUCUUUCCCGCAUCCCUACAGUUAGACAAGAACAGUGAAGACGAGAAGACGGAAAGCUUCUGGUGGCAUUGGGAUUCAGAUUCGUGUGAAUUCUUUCUACAGGUUCUUUUUAAGGAGGAAAAGAAGACGGCAAAGAAUUGA